GAGCAAUUGAGAGAGGCGGAGUACCGGCUGGCUUGCUCAAACCUGAGCCACGACUACAAGGAAGCAGUGGGGUACAAUCUUCGGCGCAACAAGGUACUGCACCUACGAGAUCAGCUUGAAACCGGGCUUCAAGUGGUUGACCGGUUCAUGGAAAAGCGGGCUUUGAUGAUAUGUGGGGCAAGCAAAGCAUCAUCGUUGGCAGCUCUUCAACGUCGAAUCAUCAGUGAUGCCAGCAGCAAAUUCGACUCGGUGGAGCUGGGCAAAAUGCACCACAUCGGCAUACUUGACUUCACGAAGUUCGGACGGCUGAGCAUGGUAGAGAUCAAUCAGGACAAGGAAGAGACAGCACAAUGGGUCGCAGCACCUGGAACCUUCAAGAAUGUGAUUGAAGCCUGCCUCACAAAAAUAAGCACUAUGAAGUACCAAACGUGCAUUGUGCAUAACUUCGCUUGCUAUGACGGGGUGCUCGAAAAGGUGGUCCUCGACUUGAUGCUGGAUUUGAGUGACUUGGCCUAUAUGGCCUUCUACAGCGAAUGCACCAAUCCGACAGUCUUUGAGUUUGCGGUCACGACGGUGAAAGACAAGUUGCUGGAGGUAGACCUUGCAAAGGAGGGAGCUACAGCCACCACAGCCGCCAAGAGCAGCCUCCAUGUGGAGUGUGACCCACCACCUUCGCUCACCAAAGAGGAGUUUGAAAAGAAGUACCCAGACAUUGGGGCAACCAUCACUUUGUCAGUCUCAGGGCAAAACAUCUUGUGCCAAUAUGUCGAUGGCAAAGUGUUUCUCAGCAGUGCUACAAAGACUCGUGCGAAGGACUACCUCGAGAAGAAUGAGAACAAGGCGAUUGAAUUUCGACUUGAGUCUGGGGAUGCUCCAGUAAUGAUGGAAGAACAGACUUCUUCGGGCAAUGUGGACUCCAGUCCAACCACAUUGUUUGACCUUUUGGUAUCAUUGGAAAAGAGGGGGGGUGCUUGA